GUGCGUGCCGUGAACGUGACACCACAAGCCGGAAAAACCAAACUUCCUCCUCCAGCUACGUACUUAGUAUACUACACCACAGCUGAAAUGGCUGCAUCAGUGAUGAUCACCAGGUGGCACCCGGUGCUCGCGCUGGCCGUCCUCCUCGCCGCCGCCGCCGCCUCGCCACCCAAGACGACGGUCUCCGGCUACCGUCCCGAUCACCAUGACGACGACCACCACCACCACCGCCACCACCACGGCGGCCACGACGCCGCCUUGUCGGUCACCACCGAUCACCGCCACCACCAUCAUGGCGGUGAAGCCGCCUCGUCGGUGAUCACCAAUCACGACCACGGCCAUCACCAUGGCGGUGGCGGCCACGGCGGUGACGGCGCCGCCGCCUCGUCGGUAACCGAUCACCACGACCACGGCCACGGUCACCAUGGCGGCGGCCACGGCGGGCGCCGCGCGUUGUUGGCAUCCACCAACGACGACACGUCGUCCGGCUGUUGCCCCGGCGGCGGCCACCACCACGGCCACGGUGGCGGCGGCGGCCAUAUGGGCCCGCGUGGAGACUCACAUAUGCCUCCCUAUAAGAUCGUAACGUAAUUAAACAAUAUACUACUGAUCCGUACAUAUAUGCCUGCAGGUAUCUGUGAACUCUUCCAGCGCUGUACGUAUAGUAUGAAUUAUGUUUAUUAUACGUGCGUACGUCGCCAUGUGAUGUGAUCGCAGCUUAAUUUGUGUACGUGUGUUGUGAGAAGUAGGUAAUUAAGUGUGUUUUCUAAGUGUGUGCCCGAGAGUGUAUCGAUCAGUGGUGCUUCAUAUACUCAUUUCGUCCUACUUCUACAAAUCUGAAAUGGGUCAGUAUGACCGGCCUACUAGCCUGUAUUGAUUUUUCUUUGUGCUUUAUGUGUGUAUAUAUGUAUAGUACUGCAGGCAUAUGUGGCUUGUUUGUUUUUUUUAUGAAUUAAUAAAGCAUAGUGUUGACAUUUAUGAGUA